UGUUGUUUAAUAUUUGGCCUAAUAAGUAUCCAAUUCAAAAUGUAUACAUUUGUGUACUCACACAUGGAUGCUUUACAAUAUCAACAAGUGAUAAAAAUAAUGGCCGACAAUCGACAUGGUCGAUUUGUCGAUCAUUCAAAUUCAGAUGAUCUAUUGUAUUGGUUUCAAAAACAGCAAACAUUUUUAACUGAACCUGGUGCAACACAUAUCGGUAUUACCGAUAAUGAUGAUAUAUUUAUUAUACGAGAUUCAUAUGCGUGUAUUGAUUUAUAUGAUCGAAAACAGAUUAAUGCUUGGUCAACGACAAAUGAUAUUAAUGAAAAUGAUAAUGAUGAUCUUCGUUUGCCUAUUCAAACCAUUCCAAUUGUUCGACAAAUAAAAGUGAUCACAUAUCAAUAUGUUAAACCUAUCAAACAACAUUCAUCAUUAUCAUAUUUAGCUUUAUUGAUCGAAAAGAAACAAACAGUUCGUAGACGACAGAUUUUGAUCUAUACGAAUUUUCCAUCAAAAAAUUGCUCCAAUUAUGAACAUUUUAGACCUGCUGGUAUAUGUCGUAAUAUCAAAAAAGAUAUCGAUUUUAUUGAAACUAAUAUUAUUAUCGAAGAUGAUGAAUAUUCGGAUUUACGUACAAUUGCCUGUUGUCCAAACGAUGGCCAUAUUGCUAUUGGAUUGGCUAAUGAACCGAAAAUUUUGAUCUAUGAGCUUAUUGUUGUUGAUCAACACCAAUCUAUUAUCGAUUUUAUUAAAAUGAAACUUAUUCAAAUCUCAUUCAUAGCCGAUAUUAUUCGAUUUAAUUCGGGUUAUUGUGCCUUUCUAUCCUGUAAUCAUGUUCAAAUUAUUUGUAUAAAAGAAUUCAAAAGAAAUUCAAAACAUGAAGAUACAAUUAUUAACGACAAACAAAUUUAUUAUAAUAAUCUUAUGGUGAAAUCUGGUCAACAUGAAAUAUAUGGAUCAAUGAUGCCUAAAGCAUGUCCAUUCAAAAUUUAUAGUGAAGGUAAUCUGAAUAAAUCGAACUAUUGUCACGUGUAUUGUCGAACAUUUACGACUUCAUCAUUAUCAAUGGAUUCGAUUCCAUUGAAUCGUCCAAUACAUCAUUCAUCAUCGUUGAUUGAUGUAAAAAAUUAUUCAAACAAUAAUGAUAAAAAUCUACAAUAUCUUAGCUAUCAGAUUGAAAUGGAAACCAUCGAUAAUGACAUUAUAAUUGUUUACAUUCUAUGGAAUGAUCAUAUAUGGGUUCAUGCUAUCUGUUCACAUCGAGAUCCGUUGCGUUUGAUUCCGAUAUCAAUCAUUAGUUUUAAUGGACGAUUUGUAAAUUGUUUCGCUAUCAACCUUCGACAUGAUGUCAUUUAUGUAUUAAGCAAUGAUAGCCUUUCUAUCUAUGUUAGUCAUGUACAUAAUUUUGUUACAAAAUUUCAAUCAAAUACGACAAAUCCAUUCAUCAAACGAAUGUUUUUGAUUGGCAAAAAUCAAUUUUUUGGUGCACAAUCAAUCAUAUUAGGCGCAACAUUUGUAUUGUUAGCCUGUAUGCCAAGUACGGACAUAUCGACCAUUCCAACAAGUCAAAUUGAAAUGACAAUAUCAUGUCGUUCAUUAAUGAAUCGUGACAUUUUAUCAAAAUCUGAUCCAUUUUGUCUAGUAUUAAUGAAAGAUUCAUGGCAGGAAAAAUUUUUUGAAUUAGGACGUACAGAAACCAUACAAGAUACAUUAAAUCCAGAAUGGGUAAAAAAAUUUAUAAUUAAUUAUAAUUUUGAAACGGUACAAAAAAUUCGUUUUGAAGUAUGGGAUCAAGAUCCGGAUGAUAAAGAAUUUCUUGGUCAUCAUGAAACAACAUUGGCUGAAAUUGUUUCAUUUGCAUCAAGACAAUAUAUUCGUACACUUUCGGGUAUGCCGAAUAAAAAUUCCGGUACCAUUAUUAUUGUAACAGAAGAGCUAUCUAGUUGUAAACAAAUUGUUCAGAUGCAUUUUGCAGCUGAAAAUCUACCUCGUUCGAUUUGUGGUUUAUUUCGUCCGGAUCCAUUUCUAGUCAUUUCACGUUCAAAUGAAGAUGGUACAUUUUCGGUGGUUAUUAAAUCAGAACCAGUUCGAUCAUCAAAAUGUCCAUUAUGGUUACCGAUUACGAUGCGUGUUCGUACCCUAUGUAAUGGUGAUUAUGAUCGCACAAUCAAAAUUGAUUGCUAUGAUUCACGAUCCAAUGGUAAACAUGUACUUAUUGGCACCUGUUUUACAUCACUCCGAGAACUAUGCACAACACAGUCAUCGGUAACUGCACCGGUCUCAUCUAAUCGUAAUGUUUUUGUAUCAUUAGCGGCUAACAAACGAUUCUUAAUGCAACCGCCAAAAACUCCGAGCCAUCAUCAUCAUUCAUCAACUAGUUCAUCACCAUUUACGUCUGGAAAUAAAUCCGGCAGUAAUCGCGUCAAUUCAGGUAAUUUUGAUAAUAUUGCCACCGGUACAGAAACCGGUAAACGUAAAGCAACAAUCAUACCUGUGAAUGGUUUGGAUCAAGCAUCUGAUAAUUGUGGUCAUCUGAUAUUGAAAGAGAUAACUGUUACUGAAGAGAUUACAUUCAUCGAUUAUAUUAAAUCGGGAACACAAAUGCAUUUUGCCGUUGCUAUUGAUUUUACCGCAUCAAAUGGACCGCCAAGAGAUCCACAUUCAUUACAUUUUCUUGAUAUUUUUGGUGGAAAAUUGAAUCCAUAUGAAAUAGCACUUAGAGCUGUGGGUGAAAUUAUUCAACAAUAUGAUUCUGCGGGUAUGUUUCCUGCAUUUGGUUUUGGUGCUCGUAUUCCGCCUAGCGGUGAAGUGUCACAUCAAUUUGCAUUAAAUGGCAAUCCAUCACAUCCAUAUUGUUCAAGUAUAUCGGAAAUACUUUCCCAUUAUCGUAAUUGUCUUGCCAAUGUAACACUUUAUGGUCCAACAAAUUUUUCUUCCGUCAUACAUAAUACGACACAGAUUGCUAGCAAAUUUCAGGAUGGAAAACAUUAUUUUAUUUUGCUUAUUAUAACCGAUGGUAUUAUAUCGGAUAUGCAUCAAACAAAAAAUGCCAUUAUUGAUGCAUCUAAAUUACCCAUAUCCAUUAUUAUUGUCGGUGUUGGUAAUGCCGAUUUUGCUGCAAUGGAUGAAUUAGAUUCUGAUGAUAUACGUCUAUCAGUGAAUGGUCGUUAUGCUGAACGUGAUAUCGUUCAAUUUGUACCAUUAAAUAAAUUUAUUUCAAAAACUGGACCGUACAUUCGAUCACAGGCUGAUCUUGCACGUGAAGUUUUAGCUGAAAUUCCUGAUCAAAUGACUGGCUAUAUGAAAUCAAAAGGAUUUAUACCAAAUCUGGAUGUUUUAAAAAAUGAAGACAACAAUAAAAUCGAUCAAUAAAUAAUUUUUUCAGGUUUUUUUUUUGGAUUGAUCAAAUUCAUUUUAUUUCAUUUUUUUCAAAUUGUUUUUAUCCAAGAUGUAUAAUCUCUCAAUCUACAAUCUAUCUUUGUCUUGUCAUCAAU